AUGGGUACGGGCCGGUGCCAUCAAGGUGGAAAGGAAAAUGCCAGGUUGGGCCAGACUGGGGAAGCAACAACUGCAGGGACCCGGAAGGUCAUCGGCGCACAGUUCUACACCGUCGGGGUCCCUGAAGAGUACUUCAAAGGAGACUCGCUCUCGCCCCGGGACCACAACAACCACGGCACACACACGGCCUCCAUCGCGGCUGGCUCGGCCGUGGAGGAAGCAGCUGCCAGCUUCCAUGGCAUUGCCGCGGGGGUUGCACGGGGAGGCGCGCCACACGCUCGCCUUGCAGUGUACAAGUCCUGCUGGAGCGACGGUUCAUGCUUCGAGACGGCCGUGCUAGCCGCCAUCGACGACGCCAUCCACGAUUGGGUGGACGUUCUGUCCUUGUCCCUCGAAAUGAGUGAGAACUCAUUCGCUGCACUGCAUGCGGUCAAGAAGGGGAUCGUCGUGGUGCACACCGCCGGUAACAAAGGGUAUCUGAUGCAGACCAUCAAGGACACCUCACCGUGGGUCAUCACCGUCGCAGCGACCAGCAUCGAUCGCUCGUUCCCGACGGUGAUCACGUUGGGAAACAAGCAACAAAUAGUCGGACAGUCUCUCUAUUACCAAGUGAAGAACAGCUCAUCAUACAGGGGCGAUUUCACCAAUCUUAUAUGUAUGCCAUUUUGUACUGCAGAGGAUCUUAACGGCACCGACGUGAAAGGGGUCAUCCUGUUCUGCAAUGACAAAGGGGCCACUUUCCUCCAGGCGGCGCAAUACAUCGUCGACAAUGGAGGAUCUGGACUCAUUGUCUCGCCAACCAUUGUGGAUGACCUGUUUAACAUUGCAGAAGCUUGCCAAGGCAUCGCCUGCGUAGUUGUCGACAUCGCCGAUGCGGACAAGAUAUGCCAAUACUACGACGACUCAAGCUCUCCUCUUGCAAAGAUUGAACCUGCGUGCACCGUUACGGGCAAUGAGAUACUGGCCCCAAAAGUGGCGAGCUUCUCCUCCAGAGGCCCAUCGGUUACUUACCCCGCCAUUCUCAAGCCUGACAUAGCUGCACCUGGAGUCAACAUCUUGGCAGCAAAAAAAGAUUCCUACGCAGUUUUGUCAGGGACGUCCCAGGCAGCCCCUCAUGUAGCAGGCAUCGUCGCCCUGCUGAAAGUCCUGCACCCAGACUGGUCUCCCGCGGCACUAAAAUCAGCCAUCGUCACCACUGCCCAUGUAACCGAUGAACGCGGCAUGCCAAUAUUGGCGCAAGGGUCAUCGCUGAAGAUCGCUGACCCGUUCGACUAUGGAGGAGGGAACAUAAAUCCUUAUGGGGCGGCUCAUCCCGGCCUCAUCUAUGACAUCGAUCCAAGCGACUACAGCAAGUUCUUCAAAUGUGCCAUCGGCACCAAGAGGACGCCUGUGACGUGCAACACCACCACCACGCUACCGGCGUAUUACAUCAACCUACCAUCCAUCUCGGUUCCCGAUCUCAGGCAUCCCAUCACCAUGUACAGGACGGUGACCAACGUCGGCGAGGUCAAUUCUGUGUACCAUGCCGCAGUGCAGAGCCCGAUGGGAGUCAAGAUGGAGGUCAUCCCACCUGUUCUUAUAUUUGAUGCUGCUAACAAAGUUCAAACAUAUCGGGUGAAGCUGUCACCUAUGUGGAAGUUGCACGGGGACUACACGUUUGGUAGCCUUACUUGGCAAAAUGACCAAAAGGCAGUAAGGAUUCCAGUUGUGGCCCGGAUUACAAUUCAAGAAAUCUAG